UAAUAUAACAAAAGAAUUUUUCCUGUUAUUUAAAAUGUUUGAUGAGAAUAAAGCCGGAUAUCUGGACACAACCAUCACCACUUUUGGAGCUGCAGUAACCGUUCCCCAGAGACAGGAAGAGGCCUUUAUAUUAUCCAAUAAGAUGAUGAGUAUCAAUGGAUAUUCGUUUGCCAAUGUUCCCGGUUUGGAUAUGUGUUCCGGCGAUAACGUAGUGUGGCACAUCAUGACUAUUGGUCAUUCUGCUGAUGACGUCAGUGCUCAUUUCCAAGGCCAGACGUUCGCUGACAAUGGUAGAAAUAGCGAUACCGUCGGGUUGGUUUCAGGUUCAACAAAAAGUGUUCAAAUGGUUCCUGAUAUGCCAGGUAUUUGGGCGUUAUUAUCCCUUGUAAAUGAACAGAACAUUAUGGGGAUGACCGCAAAGUAUACCGUUCGCCUGUGUCCUGGGCAACCAUUUACUCCCGUUGCAAACAUUUACACAAACAUCCAGUUACCUCCUUUUAACGCGCCGGUUAGAAGAUUUGCCGUUGCUGCAACCGAGGUCAAUUGGGAUUACGCCACCGUACAAUCAGAUUUUGUAUCCGGGAUAGGUCUAAAUGAUCCCAGAGCAGAUGGAAACAUCUACAUCAAACACGACAACAAUUUUAUUGGCACUGUGUACAAAAAGGCCGUCUUCAAGGCGUAUACGGAUACAAGCUUCUCAACACCUGUAACACGGGGCUUCGACGCCAGUCAUCUUGGAAUUCUAGGCCCGGUUAUCCAAGCUGAAGUUGGAGACUUUAUAGAAAUUCUAUUUCACAACGAUGCGUCAAGACCGUAUUCGAUGUAUGCGCAUGGUUUGAUGACGAAUAAGUCCAACGAAGGGUAUUUUUACAGUGAUGGUCGCCCUAUCACAGGACAACAUUCGGUUCAACCAGGACAAACUGUUAUAUAUCGUUGGUACGUAGCUGCGCGAUCAGGACCAGGAAAAGGCGACCCCAACUGCAUUCCACAUCUGUAUUAUUCUGCAGUGGACCGGACCCGUGACGUGGCCUCUGGAUUGGUAGGGCCGAUGGAAAUUUGUCGUAAAGGCACGCUAGACCAGAACAAUAGACGAAGGGAUGUUUCUAGAGAAUUCCAUCUCUUGUUCAAAAUGUUUAAUGAGAACCUGAGCUGGUAUCUGGAUGACAAUAUCCAGCAACAUGCAAAGGGACGACUAGGCACUGAAUUCGAUAUAGAUGCACUGUUUGAAGAAAGCAACAAGAAGUUCAGCAUUAACGGGGAAUUGUACGGAAAUUUAAAGGGUCUCUUGAUGUUACAAAAUGAAACGGUCGUAUGGUAUUUAUACGCGCUCGGAGCCAAGACAGGGUUGAAUACAGUGCAUUUCAAUGGUAACACGGUUGUUAGACAGAGCCAGAUGAACAGAAGAACGGACACUGUUGAAGUUUAUCCCGGAAUGUCAGAAGCUGUGACGAUGUUUGCAGAAAAUCCCGGAAGUUGGAUGGUAAAUAGUGACGUUGAUGUUCACUUCACUUCCGGUAUGAUGGCGCCAUACAAAGUCUUUCCAUUACGACAACAAGUGUGAAAAAGGCGUCAGUGAUGAUGGAUAGGGGUGAUCCAUGAUGUUGUGGAAGAUCAACGGAGCUGUGUUUUGCCAAAUGUAACCCAAAAAUUAAUGGAUAGGGUUAACCUAUAUGUGUAUCUGUAUUGUUAACUGUUUAUGUCCAAGAAAUCCUACAAUAAUUGUAUAAAUUAUAAAGCAUAGGGGUUCAUAUAUAAUUUUGCAACUUCUUCAAGGACGACCAUCUUGGCAUCCCCACCCAUCCUCUACUGGAUGCCUGAGUGGGAAUAAAAUGAAACGGGGUUUUAAUGCCCUACCAUUCUGCACCAACUGGGCUAAUCAAGACAGACAUCAAGUAAUGUGUUACGUGGGGAGGGGGGAUUUUUUCCAGGGCAGCGGCAUUUCCGCCUGUUCUAUUUCGAAUUCGAUUUGUCACUGAGUCAUGUUACCUGUUUUCAAUGGAAGGUUCGAACCGAGGAUUGUACGCGUGACUUUUCUCGACGCAUUCAGAACUUUAAUUAAUUGUUUGAAUAGACAUUGGCAUGUAAACCAAAACAGAGCCGUUGAAAUAAAAUAAAGAUAUUGAUAAAUAAGAAUAAUAAAUGUCCAUUUAAACUAAACCAUUUCUAUAGCGCCAAAACUCCACAGAACUUAUACUUGUUGCGCUUCAAAUAUGGUGACAAAUUUAGAUCACCGGUAGUUUUAAAGUAUCCAGUCGUCAUCUGAGGGAUUGUGAAAUCUCGAAAAAAAAAUAUCAGUCCAAUAAUGAUUCCAUUCUAUAAUUUCGCAACAUUCUGCAUCUUAUGCCUAGCCCACAUUCCGCCGUACGUGCUACUACGGGGGAGAUUUUAGUAUAGUAAACUCGUGCGUGAGAUUUACGCGUUACCCGCGUGUGUUCGGCAGCGUAAAGAUCGCAGACUGGCCGUAGAGACUUUUGGUCCUGCACCCGGUUUCUUGCGGCUGGUCUGCGAACUACCAAACCCUAUGACCCGUGCGGGUCGAACCGCGUACGGUGGUUUGUGGGCUAGGCUUUAUGCCACGCAAAAGUUCUGUGUAAAAUAUUUGGACUGGCCUCUGUUUAAUUCGAAUUGUCCAGAAAAUGCGAAUUAAAUCAACGGCGUUAAUUUUAAUGAUUUUUUUGACGAACCCAUGUGCUUUUAUCUUUACACUUGUCUUAAAACAUUUAUGAUUGCUUUAUCCUUUUUAUCUGUGUAUAAUUAAAUUACGAUUAAAAUUUCGUUCCGGGUGUUAUUUCUGAUGUGUAUUAUACAUUUUAAUGUAACCUACCUUCUCUCACAAUUAUAGUAUACUAGCAAGAGAUCCACAUACAAUCUGAUUAAAAUACAUCUAUAUUUCGUUUCGUUUUAUUAUACUUUCGGCGGCUUCAAUACAUGAAGGGGGCACUCGAUUGAACGUUCCGGAAUUAAAUUCUCUCAAUUCCAAAAAUAAUGUCAAUCGAGUGAAAAGGAGAAUUUCAGAGUACAGCGCAUGUGCCGACUGCAUAAAAAAUAUCUCAACCAUCUCAACCAAUCAUGACAGCUGAAAGAUAUUUGUUACUUAAAAUACGUCACGAUUCUACUUCACACCACCUCGGUUUUUGGGACUGGCAGAACUGUGACAGGGCUGAAUUCCGUAUCACUUGAUUGCAAUUCUGUCAAAUCGGGACUUUCAGGACUGACAAUCGAGCACCGCCUAAGUAAAGACAAGUAAAACGAAAGUUUGAAUUAUACAAAAACCGAAACGAAAUAGGAUCUGUGUUUUAAUCAGAUUGAUCUACAUACGAAAAGUCAAUGAUAUUCUAACACACUUUCUGUCAGUGACAGUUCUAUAUUCGUAUAGUAGUUCGGAAGAGACGAAAAACCGAGGUCCCGUGUACACAUUGGCAUGCACUUGAAAGAACCUUGACAGUUGGAAUUCGAGACAAGAGUAGACCAUAAUACACUGCAUUAUUACCGUCUUCAUUAUCCCAGUCGGCGCAGAAGAGUGGGACGUUAAACCCCAUUUCAUUUCAUUUCUUUGUAUAUCAACCUGUCAUAAUAUUAUAACUGGAAACUGUUUAACGACCAGUUCAAUUGGUUUGGGUUAAAUUUACUACUGCUGCCCUACAGUAAGGCGCCAAAAUAUCAUUUGACAUAAAAACCAGCAGCUUCCCUGAAUACGUAAAAAAAUAUAUAGAAAAUAUUUAUUCUUGAUUCCAUAAUAUUUUCAGAAAUUCUAUAAAUUCUUAUUUUCUGCUUUUGAAAUAGGUUAUAUUAUUACAGUGGAUAGCCCCCUUUUAAAUAUUCGUAUUGUAAUAUAAUCAAAAAUGAAGCUAUUGUACUAAAAACGGAAUUAUAAAUGGUGUAAAAAUU